ACGCUUUAGCAGCAGCAGCAGCAGCAGCGUAAUCGGAAUUCAAAACAUGGUAAGAAUAUAAACAGGGUUUAUCAUGAAAUCUCCUGCCUUUUUAUUACGCCCUUUUGGAAAUUAAUUACUAAUCCGAAAAAAAAAAAAAUGCUGCUGCCUCGAUUCUCGACUUCAUGUCUGAGAACUGCAACAUUGAAACAGGCAUGGCAUAAACCACCUUCACGGGUAUUUCGAGCCUUGAGUACGAGACCUACUUUGACCAGCUACAUACCACCACGGAUAUUUACACCGCCUAAAAGAGUCUUUUCAACUACUCGACUUGUUCUUCAACAAAAGACUGAUAACAAAAAAAUUCCUACGAUUGGUGGUAGUGCUGUCGCCAAUAGUGAUCGUAAUGCCACCGAUUGGGCUAUUAUCAGACAAUUGAUGAAGUAUAUCUGGCCAAAAAAUGAUAUCGGCGUAAAGACUCGUGUUGUGAUUGCAUUAUCUCUACUGGUUGGAGGAAAAUUAUUAAAUGUCCAGGUACCGUUUUACUUUAAAAAUGUCAUUGAUUCCUUGGGUGUAACGCUUCCCGAAGAGAGUACUCUUUGGGCUGUAUGUGGUGCUGCUAUUAUCGGUUAUGGUCUUGCUCGUUUGGGUGCUAGUGUCUUUCAGGAACUCCGUAAUGCUGUAUUUGCUGCCGUUGCUCAAAAGGCCAUUCGUCGUGUCGCUCUUAAUGUAUUUACUCAUCUUCACAAACUGGAUCUUGGUUUUCAUUUAACACGUCAGACAGGUGGAUUAAAUCGUGCUAUUGAUCGUGGUACAAAAGGUAUCAGUUUCAUGGUCAGCUCCAUGGUAUUCCACGUCUUGCCUACCGUUUUAGAAAUCAGUAUGGUCUGUGGUAUUUUGGCUUAUAAUUUUGGAACACCUUAUGCGCUUGUGACAUUGGGUACAAUUGUGGCCUACACUGGUUACACCGUUACCACUACUGCAUGGAGAACCAAAUUUAGAAAACAGGCCAAUGCUGCUGAUAAUGUAGCUGCUUCUAAAGCAGUCGAUUCAUUGAUUAAUUUUGAAGCCGUCAAGUACUUUAAUAAUGAAAAAUUCGAGGCAGAACAAUACGAUAAACCUCUUAAGGAUUACGAAAAGGCAUCUUUAAAGAUCGCAUCCAGUUUAUCCCUUUUGAACGCUGGCCAAAACGCUAUUUUCAGUACAUCCUUAACCAUCAUGAUGCUUUUAUCUGCUAAUGGUGUGAUGAAGGGCACCAUGACAGUCGGUGAUGUAGUUAUGGUCAAUCAACUUGUAUUUCAACUGUCCAUGCCCUUGAAUUUCUUGGGCUCGGUCUACCGUGAACUUCGACAAUCUCUCAUCGACAUGGAUACCUUGUUUAACUUGGAAAAUCGUACGCCUCUUGUACAAGACGCACCCGAUGCCAAAGAAUUUAUUUUUAAGGGAGGAGAAAUUCGUUUUGAUAAUGUUGUUUUUGGAUACCAUCCCGAUAGACCCAUUUUGAACGGUGUCUCAUUCACUGUCCCAGCGGGUGCCAAGGCAGCUUUUGUAGGUCCUAGUGGAUGUGGUAAGUCUACUAUCUUGAGAUUGCUCUUUAGAUUCUACGAGCCUCAAUCCGGAAAUAUCUACGUCGAUGGACAAAAUAUCAAGGAUGUUACAAUGGACAGUCUUCGCAAGACCAUUGGCGUAGUCCCUCAAGAUACUACCUUGUUUAACAACUCUAUUUAUUACAAUAUCAAUUACGGUCGUAUCACUGCCUCCCGCGAGGAAGUGGAACAAGCUGCUAAACGUGCACGUAUCCAUGAUACCAUCAUGUCCUUACCAGAAAAGUAUGAAUCUACUGUUGGUGAACGUGGUUUGAUGUUAUCUGGAGGCGAGAAGCAACGUAUCUCUUUAGCACGAACCAUUUUGAAGCGCCCUCGUAUCUUGUUUUUGGAUGAAGCUACCUCGGCUCUAGACACACACACUGAACAAUCGUUAUUGGCCAAUUUCAGAAGUAUCUUGCGUGAAUCCAGUAUGACCAGUCUUCAUAUCGCUCAUCGCUUGAGAACCAUUGCAGAUGCAGACCAAAUUUGUGUGUUGGAUAAAGGCAAAGUAGCUGAGUUUGGCAGACACGAUGAAUUAUUAUUGAUGGAUGACAGUCUUUAUAAAACCAUGUGGGAGAAGCAAGAGAGCACUCUGGCUUACUUUGGUGAGGUCGAGAAGCACGAGCAAGAAUUCGAUCAAGACAACAUCAAGAAAUAAUUUAUUUUCUAAUUCACUAUAGACUUCUUUUCAAACUGGAUAAAAUAAAUAAUGUACAUAAAAAAAAUAUGUUUAUUCUAUCUUCUACUCUGAUUUACUGAACCCGCCAUGUCCUUUUUUCUUCUUCUCAAACGAGCAUUUUCGAAUUGAAAUCAUUACAUUGCACUUCAUAUCAAGUCUAGGAAACUUUAACAAAGCUACAUAAAAAAAUUGGCAUACUUGACAGUUC